UGCCGAUUUGUAAUGGAAGAAAGAAAGAGAGAGAAAGAGAGCAGACAACGUUCAAACUCAAACCUCAUAAUGGCCAGUAAAAAAGCCUCGAUCAGGCCGCCGGCUUACGAGGAGAAUAAGAUUAGCAUCGGCAACGUCUCCAUUUAUACAUAGUGUGCAGCUUAUUAUUAGUAAAUCCCAAAGAAACUGCUGAUUGAUUUGGUUUGGUAAAGGCUGUGUCAAACGUGAGGAGCAAUGAGGAGAGAAAGAUAAUUGGUUCGGCAAGCGUCUCUUUGUGAUGACCUGCAUGUAGAGAAUCCAAUUAAGAUUUUGUGGUGGAUUUGCUCGUUGCCUUGUGUUCUUUUUCUUCUGCCUUCUGCUGCCUUCUCACCACCUUUGUAUAUAAAGAAGCCAUUUAAUGUUUUGAGCUACAUUUGGCUGUUGUCUGAGUUCUUCUCGUGUUCCUUUGAACCGUCGACUCCCUGUUGCACUCCAUCCAACAGAGGCUCCAGAAGGAGAGUAGAACGGAGGGAAAGCAGAGAUGUUUGAUAGCUUGCUGGGUGGGAAGUUCUCCAACAAAUGCAAGCACGCGGUGAAGUGCAUAAAGGUGCGGAUGGUGCCCAUCUGGAACAAGAAGCAGGCCGUGCUGCGGUUCCUCAGGAAGGACGUCGCCGACCUCAUCGCCGCCGGCCAUGAAGCCAACGCCUUCCGACGGAUCGAUGCACUCAUCGUUGAGAUAAACCGCGCAACUUGCUACGACAUUAUCGCGCAGUGCUGUGAAAUCAUCUCGACUCAGCUUCCGACCUUACAAAAUCAGAAGGGAUGUCCUCAAGAAGCCGUGGAAGCAGUAUCGACUCUAAUUUAUGCUGCAGCAAGAUUCCCAGAUCUGCCGGAGUUGUGUGUUCUCAGGCAUGUGUUCGCGGAACGAUAUGGGAGCUGCAUGGAAUCGUUUGUGAACGCCGAGUUCGUUGAGAAAGUUGGGAAGAAGUCAUUUACGAGGGAGAAGAAACUGCAGCUGAUGCAAGAUAUUGCCGAAGAGUAUUCUGUGCGAUGCGAUGCAAAAGCAUUCGAUCAUCAAACUACAUCAGAUGCGAUCAGGGAAAAACAUGGGUCCAAUUCUGCAAGCGCUGUGCGGGGAGAACAAGCAGAGACGGAGGAGGCGGCGGACAUUCAUGUGAUCUCAGCGAGCUUGGGAACUCGUCAAGCACGUGUCAAGCCGAGGAGAGAUCAUGGCGGAAGCUGUGAAGCUGACGAGCUCGAGUGUGGUGUUCGAGGGAGUCCGGAGAAGAAAGGGGUGGUUUCGGUCAACGGGCGCCAUGUGGAAGAGUACGGGAGAGCAGGCUAUUUGAUCCCGCCGUAUGUCAAGCCAAAGAUCCAUGGCGAUCCUGUUGCUGCUGCAGGUCAUGACACGAACGAGGGCGGCGAGGAAGCAGUUCUUCGCGGCGGCGUGAAGCCUAGGCCCGUUUCCGUGAGGCGAAAACUCCGAAAGCCACGGGUUGGCGAGACAGACGACGGCGAAAACUACGUCAAAGAGAAGAGUGCAGAUGGAGAGGGAAGACGACGACCAGCGUAUGACGAAGCAGAUCACAAUGCUGCGUCCGGUGGGCAGUACGAGGACGAGGAAGAGAUGGUCUUGGACAAGCUCUUGCUGCACUACAGCAGGAAAGGGACAGCUGAAGAAGGAAGCGAAGGAAGAAGAAGGGUCGGAGCUGAGCAUUUCGGCAAUGGCGGAAAGGUUCACCCGUUGCCGAGAGGAGCACCGCCUCCUCCGGUGCCGUCGGAAUCGGUAAACCCGGCGACUCCUGGAGCUACGUCGAUGCGGCCUGAUCCUGUGGAUGCUAAUGGAGGCCGAGUGCAUCCGAGUCUGCCGGAUUACGAUCAGUUGGCGGCAAGGUUUGCUGCUUUGAAGGGGACCUGAGAAAUACUAAGAAGUGCUCUUCCUGCAUUCUGCUCCAUUUCUUUCACCUCCAUGCAGUGAGCACCUCUGCUGAUGGAUUACAGAUCGUUGAUGCAAUCUGCAAGUCUUUCCUGUCCUGAUUCCCGUCUCUUUCUUCUUCAUGGAUAUAUUAGUGGAAAGUUCCAUCUUGCUUCUGUUUAUGAGAUUUCAACAGAAACAGAAGUCCAGCAACGUUGGAAGAGUUCUUCCACCUGUUAGAUCAUCAUGUAUUCACAGUUUAAGACAGUAUUGUACAAGAUAUCCAUAUGUCUCAUAAAAAAACCUAAUUGUUUGUUUUUAUGCUUUUCUUGUUCAGUAAUUUUUGAUGUUUUAUAACUUAGGAACAUCUUCAUAAGGCAUUUGUAAUAGUCCCUCUUUUAUA